AUGGAAUCGUCGAAUCAAAAAGGAGAAGCUAAGACGGCUAAAGGUGUCAAACGUCCCGCGGAAAAAGACCCAGACGAUGAUUAUGUUAAGAAAAGGGAAAGGAACAAUAUUGCUGUGCGGAAGAGUCGCAUGAAAGCCAAGGAACGGAUCGAAGAGACUCGGAAGAGGGUCGUGGAGUUAUCAAAAGAAAACGAAGAGUUACGAAACAAAGUGUCUUUACUGCAAAAGGAGUUGAACGUUUUAAGAUCUCUGUUUGCUAACGGUGGGAUUACAGUUCCUUCGGAAAUAAAUGUUCAAUUUACGAACUCGAACAGUGAAAACGUAAACCAAGCUGUAGUUUUGACCGCUGUCACAACAUCACUGGCGAACGGAUCACUAAUUCAAGAAAAUCGCAAUUCAGGAAGCGAAGGUCUAGAAAAUGGAAUGAAUAAUCAUGUUAUCAAGAAAGAAUCAUAG